CUCUGUGUAGCUUGGUUCCCCGCGUCUCGCCAUGGAUCCAGAGAAAACGCUGACUUUCUGCCACGGGCUGCAGGCUGAGGAGAUGACUAUGUCCCUGCAGGGGCUGGCUGCAACCGAAGAUGCCACGGUGCCUGUGAAGCAGAUUGACAUGAGCACAAUUAACAAGGUGGUGAAGCAGCCUGGGAGUUCAGGCAGCCAGCCUGUCGUCAGUCCCAAGUAUUGUCCUGGAGUGAACAACAGUCCCGGUUACCUGUGUGAGACGGGACACUGCUGCGGAGAGACGGGCUGCUGCACCUACUAUUACGAACUCUGGUGGUUCUGGCUGUUGUGGACGGUGCUGAUCCUGUUCAGCUGUUUCUGUGCGUACCGCCACCGUCGAGCCAAGCUGAGGAUCCAGCAGCAGCAGAGGCAGAGAGAAAUCAAUCUGAUCGCUUACAAUGGAGCCUGUAACUACCCGUCCUCAAUGCUGGACCUCAGUUUCCUGGCUUCAUUCAAGUUGCCCUCCUAUGAGGAGGUGGCUGCUCAGCCCAGCACUCCUCCUCCGCCUUACAGCUCUGUCUUUGCCCUGCAGGGGAGUACCACGGGGGGUCCCAGCACCUCUUAUCCCCACCAUCACCACCACCGUCACCCCUGCCCUCCUUAUCUGGGCCCCGGCCCCAGUGGCCUGACCUCCUCGCAGAGCUCUGACAACUACACCAGCUGCUCCUGUGAGUCCUGCUCCCUCACCUCUCCGUCCAGCACCUCCUUCUCUGUCCAGGUGACAGACGAGACGUACGACAGCAGCCGCGUGUCCACGCCCAGCGACGCGGGAGGCGACUUCGCCGUAACGCCGAGGGCCGGGGCCGCCUUCGCGCCGAUACCGUCCCCGCCCCUCCUGUCAGCCCAGGUCCCCCACGACGUUAUCCCGGCGGCCGCCCCGGACGUCAUACCCGUGCAGAGAUGCUCCUCAAACUGCAGCGAAGGAGGCUCGCCCCCGGCUCCGGCCCCGCCCCUUUCUCUCUCUUUACAUAGUCGCCCUUCGCGCCUCCCGCUGUCCCCCCUGAUCCUGCUGUCCCCCUGUCCCCCCGGUCAGGCCCGCCCCUCCGCCCCUUCAGAUCCACUGGGAGCAAUGGCUGCUGGGAAAGGAGCGGAAGAGACCUUGGUGGUUAGAAAAACACCCUCCCCACCCGAACAGGCCGCCCUGUCGAAACGAGAGGAGGAAGAGGACGAAGACGAGGACGAGGAGGAUCACUUCCGGCAUCGCCGGCUGACGGGCGACUCCGGCAUCGAGGUGUGCCGCUGCCACGUGAAGAGGGAGGACUGCGAGGGGGAGGAGCUGCGGAAGAAGCACUCUGACGAAGGAGGGAAGGAGGACGAAGGAGUGCACGACAGCGACGACUGCUCGCUCAGAGCGAAGGCCCACGGCCCGCCGCCGCGCCAGCAGAGGCACAGGGCCGGCGAGGCCGUCGUCACCGUGGAGUCCUCGUAA